AUGGAGCCGUUCAAAUUAAUGGACACUCCGUUCCUGGUAUUCCAGAAGAUUAUAAAACUGAUGGAAAUUAUUGAGGUGUUGGAAAUGUCUCAAACAUCAAAAAGAAUGUUCGGUUUCAUCAAAUUUUCAAGACGCCCAAUCCAACCGAUUCAGCUGUUCAAAGCAGAACACCGUCGAACGAUAAGUGUGUAUGAGAAGACGGACGGAAAUCCCAAAUUAGUUAUUUGGUUGAAAACGGAGAAAGAGAGAAACGAUGUGAUGAGACGAAUGAGAAUUAAAAACACAGUUUUAGAUGUUGGAGAAAAAAACGAGAAAACCUUGAGUUGCUAUCUCAACUGUGACUCUAAAGAGGAAGAUGUCGAUUUACAAAUGAUACGCCUCUUCAAUUAUCUAUCGGAUCUUUUCAAUAAUAAGACUAUAACUGUCUGGAUUCGACCAUUCCGAAUUGCAACUUCUCAUUUUCUAUUUUCGAAUCUUCAGUUUGAAAGUUGUACAUUUUUUAAAAUUCUCGGUAGAGAGACGGACAUUUUAUCAAAUAAAGAUACGUCUCAACUACUGAAAGCUUUGAAUCCGACAGUUGGGAUUACUUUGAAAUGCUUUGUCGAGAAAGGUUUUGGUUCGCGAAAUCUCUUGAGCCUGCCACGACUUUUAAUAACUAAUGCUCAGUGGCUCACUUUUGAGGAUUUACUGAAUAUGGAUUGUGAAACGGCAAAUUUGAGAUAUCAUUCAUUCACAGAGGAAGACGUCAAAAAGUUCAUAAACCAUUGGAUGGCUGGGAGUAAUCCAAAACUGAUGCAUCUCAGACUAAUGGGUUUUAAAUUGGUGCCAAAUUGGGAGCACAUUUUGGAAGGGAUUGAAUAUAGAGUAUGGGAUGAGCAAGAAAAUAAGAAGAGACCGAGGAAUUUCAAAGACCAUUACAUCUACAGUAUUGAAGAAAUCGACUGUAAGAACGGUCUGGAUUUCGAGAGAAAGAGUGAUGGAAUGAUUGGGACAGUCAUGCAUCAAUCUGACUGGAUUGAUUUCUUUGUGUGGCACGAUAUACAAUUCUGA